AAUUUUAAAUCCGGUCUACAGCAAAACCGCUACCUGAAGUAGCGGUUUUUACUAAUAAACCGCUACUUCAGGUAGCGGUUUCUUUUUAAUAAACCGCUACUUCAAGUAGCGGUUUUUGUUUAAUAAACCGCUACUUCAAGUAGCGGUUUUCUAGCAGGUAUAAUUUCCUGAUUUCACUUUCCUCUUUCAUUUUCGUCUUCUCACCAAAAUCCCAUCCACGCCGUCCACCAAAAUCACACCUCCUUCAACGGAAGCCGGCGCAACCAAGGAAUCCACCGACGCCGCCGGAGCAUUCCUCAGCAACGAAGGCCGCCGCUGUUGACGCCGAGGGUUCGACUUUAGUGGUCGGCUUCGCUAAUUUCAGAAGAAACGUGCUGAUCUUCUUGUUUGUGAAUGAAACAUGGAGGUUCCGAACUACCCUCUAUAUUGCUAUUGGGGUGGAGAAAUUGUCCACAAAGAUAGCGAUAUAACGUAUAGGGGUGGGAAUCAAAAAUUUGUGUUUGUACAUUCUGCGAUGACAUAUUCACAAGUUCUGAACAAGCUAUAUGAAGAAUUGAGUGUUGAUCCUGGAGGUGUGGAGUUGAAGGUGUUUAUGCGUUAUCCUAUGGCUGGGGCAUAUGUUGCAAUUCCGUUAAAUGACGACAACGCUGUUAGAGCUAUGUGGAUUGCUGUGACUCAGAGUUCUUCUGUUGCAAUGCAAUUGUUCAUUGAACAAGUUCCAAAGGAGCCAGUUGUGCAAACUAACACUGGUUCCUUUCCGGGGAUGGAUUUUUUUGGUAGUGUGGAUCAACCGUUUUCCACUGGUGUUCAAAGUGUGGGCAUAGGGUCAUUCACAAGAAUGCUUGUUGAUCCACAUUAUGUCAAUGACCAUCUCUCACAGUUUAGGUCUCCGGCCUCAUCGCCUAAUGUUGGAACCUCGACAAGCACACAACCACAAGGCAUUCGUGAUUCUCUUGACCCAAACAAUGUUGAUGUAUUUGGCGAUGCAGAGAUGAAUGACACUGAUGAAGAUGAUGAUGAAGAGGUAAUUGAAGCUCGUGAUAAGGCAAUUAAAGGAAGCGCCCCCACUUCAGACUUCAAUGAAGUGGCGCAAGUUGAUCCUCGUUUGAAUAACUCAUGGAUGUCUUGGUUAGGAAAUGAGACAUAUAACAAUGGGGGAGAGUGGCGAUGCUGUGUCACUCUACUACUUGUCGUUCCUUCGAGACUGGGAGACAGCUUCGACCUACAGCUGGGGGAGUGCGACUCUUGGUUUUUUGUAUCGGCAGCUAUGUCGAGCAUGUCAGCGAGAUUCAAGACAGAUUGGAGGCUCGCUCAUCCUACUACAGUUGUGGUCGUGGGAGCAUAUUACUAUUGGCCGACCAUACAUUAGGAGGCCUCGAGAUCCGCCACAGGAGGACCCUGAGGCUGAGGAUGAGGAUGACAUUUUGGGGACUCAGCAUCAGCGAGGUGUUGACCCUUUGGCGUGCAGGUGGUUACGUGUCCAUCUAUCAUGUGCGCAUACUGCUUCUGGACUACCAUACUACAGAGAUGCGUUUGACCAUCAGCGCGAGGACCAGAUGAUUUGGCAGCCAUAUACUGAGGCGGUGAUGGAUCGACUUCCGGAGAUUUGUCGCUCAGACAUGCACAUUUGGCGUUCACGGGCACCUCUGAUAUGCUUUGACGUCGUUGAGUUCCACCUCCUAGACCGAGUCCUUCGUCAGUUCGGGUUAGACCAGCCGAUCCCACAGGAUGUAGACACGGACGUUGCUCUACACAUGAAGGAUCGAAGGGGACAGCGUAAUUGGGAGAUUCGGCAUUCGGACCAUGUACACGAGUGGAGUCGACAAGAGGCAUUAGUCG